CAUUUCAACUUGUAACCUUGUUUAUUUAUUUGUAUUACGUAAUUGUCGCAACCGCGAAUGUCAAUAACAUCUUUUAUAUAAGGAUGCAUUUUCGAUUUGUAUUUCCUUUGUUUCGAAGGAAUUCUUUCGUUCAAAAUGUAAUUAGAUCAGAAAGAAGGUCAUUGAAAACUGUUCCAGAAAGUGGGCUGAAAGAUGAACCCAUUAAAUUCACUACUAGUGAGGCUGGUCAGUGGAAAGCUGCAUACACAGCAAGAGGUAAAGAUUACUAUUCUACCCCCAGAGUACAGCCGAUUGUGAUAGUUACAAGCCUGACUGCAUUUAUGAUAUACUUCUGUAUAUUAAGAGAGGAAAAUGACUUAGAUGAUUGGCUACGAGGCUUAGAAAAAGAAAUGCCUUAUAAAUUAGAAGAAGCUGAAUUAAGAGCAAAAAUUGAUAACGCCAGACUGAGAAGAGCCGAUACUACCCAGUAUGAAAAAAGGCUGGGUGAAAUUAUGGUAGUAAGAGAGAAACUUGAAGCAUUAAAAGAAAAAUAGCACAUUUGGAAGCAAACAUGUUAAUGAGUUUAUAUCUACUAGUGGCACUCUUACUUGUCAAACUUCUGAAAUUUCAAUUGUACAGCAUUAAUUAGUAUAAAAUCUCUCUGUUAUAUCACUCCCGACAUUGAACUGUUUAUUUUAUUUAUUCUGCAACACAUUUCAUAAUUUAUCAGGUGUCAUUAAUUGUAAACAAGUUUCUUGAAAAGUAUUAUUCUUAUUUGUGACAUAUACAAGAAAUAAUAUUUUACAUGAAAAAUGAUUAUCAAUAUCUAUAUAUUUAAAAUAAUAAGGAAAAUCAAUGAAACAAUCAUCUGAAAUAUUUUAUUUCAUAUGAAAGCUCGUGAUCCCUAGAUAUAUCAUCAUUGGUCAUAAAAUCCUACUUCAGUGUGGAUUCCCUGUAAGGGAAAAAUCUGACAUCUGAGUUCUCCAGCCUCUGUAGUAGUUUUGGAAAUGUGUUUGAUUUAAUUAUUUAUCAUUCAUCAUUACAUCAACAGUGGUUGUCUAUUUCUUUUCUUUCCAAUUUGAAACAUUGCAAAAUAAUAUUUUGACUGAGGCCUCAGCCUCAGCAAAUAAACUGAUAUUGUCACUUUGAAAUAUUGUUAACUAAUGAGAAUUCUCAAUCAUUAUUGUACAAGUAUAACUUAUUAUCUUUUGUUAUUUUAAAAUGUAAACCAUCAAAGUGGAUUGACAUGAUUAAAUUAAAGUAAUUAAUACUAUCCACCUCUAGCAACUAUAUUAACGUGAUCAUGUUAAUAAAUUUUGAAGAAAUACAUCUUAUUGAUCACUGUAAAAGAAAAUACUAUUAAUUGGCAAAACUGGUCCAAUUGUUCAGAUUGCAGACUUUCAGUUUUAUUUAUUUUGCAAUUGCAGGGAGUAGUAAAGCCUUGAUGGUCUCAGUUACAAGCUUUCAUAUGGAAUAAAAAUUAGCAAAAUUGGUACAAUAAUCAUGACUUUGCCAAUUAUUUUAAAUAUAUUGAGAGUCUGAAACAGCUGGUCACUGAAGGUGACUAGAGUAUUGUAUUUUACCAUAAUGAAAGUUUAUCUGUUACUUCAGGAUUGUUAUAUAUAUUUAUAAAAGCUGGAUGAAUUA